AUGGCGUAUGUUCCUUCAUCUGUUGAUGUUGAAUCCGAAGAUAAAUGUGUGGAAAAUCUUAGUCAAGUUGUUAAACUUCUUCCUCGUCCAAUAUUUAUUGUCAUGCGUUAUUUUUUUGCAUUUCUUAAUCAUUUAGCAGAAUAUUCUGAUGAAAAUAUGAUGGAUGCAUCAAAUUUAGCAAGUUGUUUAGCACCAACACUUAUGCCAAUACCUGGAGAUAAAGAUCAAGUACAAUAUUUAACACAUACAAUUGAAAUUAUACGUACAAUGAUAACACAUCAUGAAGAAAUCUUUCCAGUAAAUGAUGAUGAUCCAAUCUAUGAAAAAUUUGCUAUUACAAUUCCAAUUGAUGGUGAAGAAGAUGAAGAUGAGGAAGGUGAAAUUAUAAGUGAACGUUCAUUAAGACGAUCACCAAGUGAUGAUGAAAUGGAGAUGGUAGAAGCAGUGGCAUUAUUUGAUUACAAUGGUAGAACACAUAAAGAAUUAUCAUUUAAAAAAAAUCAAAUUUUAUUUAUUUAUAAAAAAAUGAAUCAUGAAUGGUGGUUAGGACAUAUAGCUGGUGGAAAUCAGUCAGGAUUUAUUCCUGAUGGUUACAUCAAGCUUAAAUCCAGACGCCGAGAUUCAGCUCCUGUUCAACAUCGUCCUCAACUUAAUUUAAAACCUAACCCAUCAUCUUCAAUUACUUUACCGACAUUAUCAAAUGAUCACUUAAAUGCUUCUAGUUCAAUCACUUCAAUAUCUCAUACAUGUCAUCAAUCAUCGAAUUAUUCAUUGGUUGAUGAACAUCGUCUUAAAUCAGCAAAAGAAACUGAAAUAGUUGAAGUUGAUUUUGAUAUUAAGAACGAACAAGAAGAAGAAGAAGAAGAAAAGAAUUGUUCUACAAUUGAAAAUCAACCUGUUCCUGCUUCUCGCACAAUCCAUGAUAUAUUAUCACCUAAUUCACCUUCACAAGUAUCAUCAUCAUCAUCAUCACAUGUAACAUCAAUAAAUGAUCAACAAAUAAUUGAUAUCGAUAUAGCAUUACGUGAAAUUCUAUCAGGUAUUCAAACAGUUGAAGAAUGUCAUGCACAAUAUUUUCGUUCAAAUAUACAACAAGAUAUUGAUGCACCUGAUCUUGUACUUAAUUUACCAAAAUCUAAUGGAUUUCUUACAACAGAAACAUCGAAAUCCUAUGAUGAACAUAUAAUAACAAAAUCUUCAUUACCAAUAUCACAUUCAACAAUAAUUAUUGAUUUAACACAUACAUCACGAUCGAAUUCAUCAUCACCUGAAUUAAUUCAGAAAAAUAAAAUUCCACCACCUAUUAUGAAAAAACCAGAAAAAACUUUACAAUUAAUGAAACGUCUUGGUUUACAACAGACAAAUGAAUCAUUAUCUGGUGCUAGAAAUUCAUUAUCAUCAUCGACACAUGUUAAUAUUACACAUCGUCAACAACAAAGACAUUCAAUAUCUAUUUCUAGUUCAUCAAAAGCUACGCAAGUUUAA